AUGUCAGAUCCAAUCAGCACAGAACAACCGGCAGUGGAUUCGGUGGAUGCUACAACGACGCCGGCUCCACAGCUGAGUGCUCCUGAAACCACCACGCCGGUCCAGACUCCUUCUGCUGACGUUUUCGAGAAAGAGGAGGCUUCGCAUGCCGCAUCAUCCAAUCUUGAGGAAACCCCAGCACCUGAAAAGCCCUUAUCCCCUCCCAACCCGUCGCCAUCUCCUGAAAAGCACAAGUUGGAAGAGGAUGGCCAGGAUGAAGCUUCCAAGAAGGCAAAGACGGAAGAGCAGCCUAAAGAGACUGCCAGUUUCCAGGCUGACACCUCCAAGAUGGAGCCAGCACCAAAACCUCCUCCAGAACCAGAUAUGACCAAACUUCCAGCUAAUCCUAUUCCUAAGCAUCAGAACAAAUUCGCACAUAACACCAUCAAGGCCAUCAAACGUUUGAAAGAUGCCGGUCCGUUUGUUCACCCUGUGGAUAUCAUUAAAUUGAAUAUCCCAUUCUACUAUAACUUCAUCAAGAGACCAAUGGAUCUUUCAACGAUUGAACGGAAGCUCUCGGUAAAUGCAUACGAUGAUCCUCAGCAGAUUGUGGAUGACUUUAAUCUCAUGGUUGACAACUGUAUUAAGUUUAAUGGAGAAUCCUCGGGUAUUUCCAGAAUGGCCAAGAACAUCCAGGCUCAGUUUGAAAAACACAUGCUUAAUAUCCCUCCAAAGGUUCUUGCCGCGAAUGGUCACUCCAAUAAUUCCGGUGCCGCUUCCAGAAGGCGCAACGUUAUUGUGAGCGAUGAUCCUAAAACCGAGUCGGUUGCUGCUCACAGACCAAAGAGAACUAUCCACCCUCCAAAGUCAAAGGAAUUGCCAUACGAUGUGAGACCCAGAAAGAAGAAGUAUGCUGCUGAAUUGCGUUUCAGUAACCAGGUGGUUAAGGAAAUGACAUCCAAGAAGCUUUAUAACAUCAACUUUCCUUUCUUGCAGCCAGUUGACCCGGUUGCUUUGAACAUCCCUAACUACUUUGAGGUUGUUAAGACCCCAAUGGAUCUCGGCACGAUUCAGUCUAAUCUUGCAAACAACAAGUAUGAGAACGCUGAUGACGUUGAAAGGGAUGUGAGGUUGGUGUUUUCCAACUGCUACUUGUUCAACCCAGAAGGCACUGAUGUGAAUGCUAUGGGACGUCGUCUUGAAAGCUUUUUCAACAAGAAGUGGGCUGCCAAGCCUGUGCCAGCACCAUCUCCAGCACAAUCUGAUGGAGAAUACGAUAGUGAUGAGUAUGAAGAUGACGAUGGUGAAGUGACUGAAGCUAUGUUGUCCAAUAUCCCAGCUAUUGCUUUCUUGGAGAACCAGUUGAAGAGAAUGACGCAAGAACUUGAUGAAUUGAAGAGAACUGAAUAUGAAAAGUUGAAGUCUUCUCGUAAAAAGAAGAAGAAGACCAAGAGAACUAAGAAGGCUAGGUCCAACUCUAUUGCCGAGGGCCGCCAUGAUGAUCAGCCAGUGGUGACCUACGAAAUGAAGAAACAAGUCAGCGAGGUCGUUCCAACGUUGAACGACAAGAAGUUGCAAGCAUUAAUUAAGAUCAUCAAGGAUGAUGUGGUUAUCAGUGAUGAAGAGGAAGUUGAACUUGAUAUGGACCAGCUUGAGGACCGUACGGUCUUGAAGCUUUACGAUUUCUUGUUUGGCAAAAAGGCUGCCUCCAAUGCCAUGACCAAGUCCAAGAAGUCCACUUAUUCCUCCGGUAACAUUGAUCAGCUUGAGCAAUUGAAAUCACAACUCCAGUUGUUUGAUGACGCUGAAAGAUCAAACGGAGGUUCCCGCUUACCACCCUCCACGUUCGACCUCAAUAGUAUUCCUGCCCAGGAGUCUUCUGACGACGAUGCGUCUUCAGAGUCUUCUGAGGAGGAGUAA